UAAACUAGAUUGCUAACGUUAGCCGUUCACUAGCUCCGAAUCUAUAACUUCAAAAUUUUACUUCGAACAAAGUAAACCCUAAACAUAACCCAGAAUGAAUACGAUAGACCAUGUACGGGAUAUGGCCGCGGCUGGGCUUCAUUCCAAUGUUCGGAUUAUGAGCAGUUUGUUGCUGACAAUGAGCAACAACAAUCCAGAGCUGUUUUCACCAUCCCAGAAGUACCAGUUGUUGGUUUACCAUGCCGAUGCUAUUUUCCAUGAUAAGGAAUAUCGCAAUGCUGCCUGUAAAUACAGUAUGGCACUACAGCAGAAGAAGGUCAUCAGCAAAACAUCUAAAGUUCGUACUUCUACUGGUGGAGGAGCAUCUAACAUACAGGGACAGAGCUUGCCAUCAGAGAUUGAGGUGAAAUACAAGAUAGCAGAGUGCUACACAAUCUUGAAAUUAGAUAAAGAUGCUAUUGCAGUGCUUGAUGGGAUUCCAUCCAGACAGAGAACUCCAAAGAUCAACAUGAUGCUAGCCAACCUAUACAGGAAAGCUGGCCAGGAACGCUCUGCUGUGACAAGCUACAAAGAGGUCCUGAGACAGUGUCCUUUAGCCCUGGAUGCCAUCAUUGGCCUUCUCUCCUUGUCGGUAAAGGGAGCUGAGGUGGCGUCCAUGACUAUGGAUGUGAUCCAAAGUAUCCCCAACCUUGAUUGGCUCUCUGUUUGGAUCAAGGCUUAUGCCUUCAUACAUGCAGGGGACAACCAUAGAGCUAUUAACACCAUUUGCUCCCUGGAGAAAAAGUCUCUCUUGCGGGACAAUGUGGACCUACUGGUGAGUCUGGCAGAUGUCUACUUCAGGGCAGGUGACACCAAGAACUCCAUCCUGAAGUUUGAGCAAGCCCAGAUGCUGGACCCAUACCUCAUUAAAGGCAUGGAUGUGUAUGGGUACCUGAUGGCACGUGAGGGCCACUUGGAGGAUGUUGAAGUCCUUGGAGGAAGACUGUUUAACAUCUCAGACCAGCAUGCUGAACCCUGGGUCAUCUCUGGCUGUCAUAGCUUUUACAGCAAGCGUUAUUCGCGAGCUCUCUACCUUGGGGCCAAAGCCAUUCAGCUGAACAGCAAUAGUGUGCAGGCCCUUCUCCUGAAGGGGGCAGCACUGAGGAACAUGGGUCGUGUCCAGGAGGCCAUCAUCCAUUUCAGAGAGGCCAUGCGUCUGGCACCCUGUCGGUUGGACUGCUAUGAGGGUCUGAUUGACUGUUACCUGGCAUCCAAUGGGAUUCGUGAGGCCAUGGGAAUGGCAAAUAACAUCUAUAAGACUCUUGGGGCCAACGCACAGACUCUGACCAUCCUUGCCACAGUGUGCCUGGAAGACCCUGUAACUCAGGAGAAGGCCAAAACCCUGCUAGAUAAAGCACUUGCCCAGAGGCCUGACUAUACUAAGGCUGUCGUCAAGAAGGCAGAACUUCUAAGCCGAGAACAGAAAUAUGAAGAAGGAAUUGCUCUCCUCCGGAAUGCCCUGGCCAAUCAGAGUGACUGCGUCCUGCACAGAAUGCUGGGAGAUUUCCUGGUGGCAGUCAAUGAUUACCAAGAAGCCAUGGACCAAUACAGCAUAGCACUUAGUCUGGACCCCAAUGAUCAAAAGUCCCUGGAGGGAAUGCAGAAGAUGGAGAAGGAGGAGAGUCCCACCGAUGCCACAGUGGAGCUGGAUGGGGACGAUAUGGAAGGCAGUGGGGAGGAUGGAGACCUGGAGGGCAGCGACAGUGAAGCAGCCCAGUGGGCAGACCAGGAGCAGUGGUUUGGUAUGCAGUGACCCAGGCCCAUUCAGGGGGAAUUUAAGGGCAAGGGAGAAAGGUAUAACUAUUCAUCACGAUCUACAAGUACUCACUGAGAAUCCUCCCUCCGUCAAAGAUGUCCCACCAAUGUUUCUAAUGUGUUAUAUCAAUAACCAAGGCAUUGCAGACAUCAGCAGUAUGUCAUAUCUAUGCUUGCACCCAUUUAUAAGACAACGGACUGGUCUGCAGUAGGCUGCAGCUUAAAAUGUGUGUAGAAAGCAGUGGAGGGAGUGGGUGCAAGGACUAACUGGUUUAUGGUUUUGUUUGUGUGCCCAAGUUUGCUGCAGAGGUUAAAGAAGCCAUGUGAAAAAAGUGGAAUAAACCUUUGAAUUUGCCUAUGACAAGUUGAUGGGAGAUGUGUGAAUGAAAUAACUAUACUAUAUUUUUUUUGCUCUGCUGUUGUUCAAAGUGCUUCUUCUUAGUUUUACAUCAUCAGAAUUUGUUUUGUACCAUAUGUAUAUGCAUCUGAUGGACAUUUUUGUGUAAGAUGUCCUGUUGAGUCUGUUGUCGAAAAAAAAUGACAAUUGUAAGAUGUUAUCUAAUCCUUUCGUCAAUGUUUGUAGCAUUUUGUAUAUUUUUAAAAACUGCAUAAUACAAAAAUAUUUUCAUUUGGAAUUGGUUUGUGCACUGACACUUGAAAAGAAUGCCAAUGAUUG